AUGGACAUCCUCGACGAAGGUGGAGAAAGAGAAGAUUACCACUGACGAUAUGCUCAUUUUUACUGCAGCUGGGGAAGAUAGCAGCGGCAAAUACCUGUAUGGAUUGCAUGGAUAUCGCAACAACCGUAUCUUAAGGGAGAGAAGCAUGAGAGCAUGAAGAGGAAACAAGAAGAUAACUGGAAGCAUGAGAGCAUGAAGAGGAAACAAGAAGAUAACUGGAAGCAUGAGAGCAUGAAGAGAAACAAGAAGAUAACUGACAAAGUGAUGACUACUCAAAGGAAGAAUGUAUGUGUAAAUGAGUCAUACGAUUAUAAUCUUGAAGAAUGGUUGAUUAAACACAACACUGAUGCUAGGUGGUCAAGCAAGCACCACACAUGGAAUUUGGAUCCUACUAAAAGUAACAACAAGGUAGCAUCUAUCAAUUGGAACUCAGAAUGGCCCACAUUAGAUACGGUGCAAUUAGUGCAGGGCGUGAUAAUAGCUGUCAUAGAAUUUCAUGAUAAGAAUGGGAUUCAUGGUUAUCUUCAUAAUCAUAAGAACUUUUUGUUGAAAUUUGGAAUGAAGUGCUAUCUAGGUGCAUAUGUGAGGGACAUCGUUAAAGUUUUUAUCGUGCAUGAUGAUAAGUCAGAGAAGAAAAAUAGUGAUUUGAAAGAGAAAUCCAAAGAUGCUGAUAUGACCGAGUUGGCUAGCAUAAUUUGUCAUACCAUACUUGGUAAAGAGAUGAAAGAGUUACCUUCUGAUUGGAUUAACCUAAUUGACAGCAUUAAUAUGUUACACAUGACUGAUAGACAUAAAAAUGUUAUUCCAAUGGAAUUCGUGAAGAAUCAUCCAGCAUUGUGGCCAUGGCAAAGGAGAUUUAUGUUUUACGAGGAAUGUUGGGUUCGAGCUAAACAUGCAACGACUGAUGUGCACACAUUUAAUAGAAAAAGCGAUUUCAUCCACAAUUGGGUUGGAAAUGUUGUAUUCGGUAUCAAAUUUGUUGAUUGGUCUUCUAAUAUUCCUAUCGAUACACCGAUGCGACGACUUUUUAAUGAUAUGUGUGGGCGGUCUAGAUUGAGAACAAAUAAUGGCUAUGAUCUCCUUCACUUUCUCAGGGCUUUUCAUCAUUACUAUUGUGAUCAAGAUAAGUCACGAAAUCCUAUUAUACAUCAAACUGAUAGCAAGGAUUAUACGAAGGAAGAAUUUAUCGAAAUUGUAACAACACAGUGUUUUCCAUUGUUUUUGGUGACCAUAUACAAAACAUUAUGCAUAGAUAAUUUAUUUUUGUAGGAAGUGUAGGGGGAAACACUCUUUUUUCUGUUGCAGGAAGUGUGAAGUGUGAGAAUAGGAAGAAGGCCCUCAGCUAAAACAAAUUCAUGUAUAUCAGAUGGAGUCUACAUUCAAGGAUCUAGAACUUCAAAUUUAGUUAGUUAAUUUUUAGUAACAAGUUUUCAAUUUUUAGCUAGUUUUGGUUGGUUAGGCUGUUAAAAAAGUCAACAUUGGUUGGCUUUCAACUAGCUAGUUAUUAUUUUUCCACUUAUUUUCUUCAUUCCACCCUCAAUUGUAUACAAGAGAGAACAAUUAUUGUGAUUGAAUUGAAUGAAAACUUGCAGUUAUCCACCAAGUGGAGACAUUUCUAUCA